ACUUUGUGUUGUUUCUUGCUCUUUUGUCUCGCUUUGGUUAAGUAAAGAAUAUGUCUCUUGCUUUGAAUGCUACAUCACUCGGAUCAUUUAAACUUUAUCUUUUGAUGUUAAUGCAAAAACCAACUCCGUGAUGUCUCGUCACGUGUUUCUCGCCUCUCCUUUUUCCUCUUUUCUCUGUCUAAACUUUCCCUAAGACAUGAACUCAUCAGCUUAUUGUUCAUAUUAAAGAAAGUUACAGAGAGGUUUUUAAUAAUCAAUGAUGAAGAAUGUGUUUAUCCGAAUUGAUCUUUCGAGUUUCGUGACAGGCUCCACAGAGCACACGUGGCAACCAACGAUGUCUGCGGAGACCAACAUCCCAAGCUACUGGAUUAACUGGAGAUUCUUCCUCUGUGCGAUCUUCGUCUUAACGUCUCUGUUUCUAUCUUCUUUCCUUAUUUGGAAACACGAAGGACCUAGAAAACGGAAGAGACGUGGUGGUGGUGGUGGUAAUGAUCAAAGAGAAGGAAGAGGAGUUGUGUACGAUGAAGAAACUUGGAAUACUUGUGUCGAAAGUAUUCAUCCGAACUGGCUUUUAGGUUUUCGAGUUUUCGGUUUUGUUACUCUUCUUGGACUCAUCUCUGGUAAUGCGAUUGCUGAUGGAGUUGGUAUUUUUAUCUUCUACACACAAUGGACUUUUACUUUGGUCACUGUCUACUUUGGGGUUGCAGCUUUGGUGUCCAUACACAGAUUUAAAUCUGGUGAUAACUGUGAGAAGGGAGUCCGUACAGUAGAUGAAGAGCAAGGGUCGUAUAGACCACCCAUUCAUGGUGAAAACCCGAAUUUGCUUAAGGCUUCUAACGUACACGAGAGACACAACAGGUCUACACGUCGAGUUGCUUCUACAUUGGGUUACAUUCAUCAAAUUCUUUUCCAAACUUGUGCAGGAGCUGUAUUACUUACAGAUGGUGUUUUUUGGUUCAUCAUCUACCCUUUUCUCACAUCCAAAGAUUUCAGUCUUGAUUUUUUCAUUGUGAUUAUGCACUCGGUCAACGCUGUUUUCCUACUUGGUGAAACUUUCUUGAACUCUCUGCGGUUCCCAUUGUUCAGGAUUUCAUACUUUGUGGUAUGGACCGGUGUAUUCGUGCUUUUCCAAUGGAUUGUUCAUGCUUGUGUCUCAUUUUGGUGGCCAUACCCAUUCUUGGAUUUGUCAUCAUCCUACGCCCCUUUAUGGUAUGCCGCCGUUGGGUUGAUGCACGUACCAUGCUUUGGAGUCUUUGCUUUGAUAGUGAAGUUGAAGUACAUGUGGCUCUCAAAAUGUUUCUCAGAAGAACCAUAGUUACAAAUAGCAUAUAUUUACUCGAAUGGCUGGUUAUAUUCUUUAACACAGUUCAAAGAGAGCUUAUACAGACUCUCAUGUACAGAUACAGGUUCCUUCCUGCCUUCUGUAUCAAUAUUUUUUUGUAAAUGACAUUCAAAGUUCCUUUUGAAGGAACAUAUAAAUCAUUUAGAUAGUCACUAUGAUUAUUGUGACUUGAUAAACAUUAUCAUUUUCUUUCUAGCAUAUGCGUCAUAUUAUAAUACCCGGAAAC